AUGGCAGUUGGCAGUGGUUAGUACCGUCAGCACGGUCAGCACUGUUUGUUAUAUGUCAAGUGUGGAAUGUUGGCUGUGAAGUGAUAGACUAGAAAGGGAUUAAACAGGCAUCAGAGAUGGCUCCUGUUCCACUGGAAGGUCAUCAGACUCCAUUUGGGAAUAAUGUUCCUCAGGAAGGAUCUAGAGGUGGCUCAAUAUCACUUGCAGUGCUUAUUGACUUCAUCAUCCAGCGGACAUAUCAUGAGCUUACAGUGUUAGCAGAACUCCUUCCUCGAAAGACAGACAUGGAACGUAAGGUAGAAAUCUAUAACUUCUCAGCAAGGACACGCCAGUUAUUUGUGAGACUGUUGGCACUUGUGAAAUGGGCCAACAGUGCUUCCAAGGUGGAUAAAUCAGCACAUAUAAUGGCAUUUCUGGACAAACAGUCACUCUUGUUUGUUGACACAGCAGAUAUGUUGGCUCGAAUGGCAAGGGAAACCUUGGUUCAUGCACGGUUGCCAAAUUUUCACAUUCCUGCAGCAGUGGAGGUUCUUACAACUGGUACAUAUUCUAGACUUCCUGCAUGCAUUAGGGAACGUAUAGUACCUCCAGAUCCCAUCACAUCUUCAGAGAGGAGAUCAACACUCUUGCGACUUAACCAAGUGAUUCAGCAUCGUCUCGUAACUGGAAAUCUUCUUCCACAAAUGAGGAAUUUGAAGAUUGAGAGUGGUCGGGUCACUUUCACCGUGGAACAUGAAUUUGAAGUUUCCCUUACAGUAAUGGGAGAUGGACCAAAUAUUCCAUGGAGAUUAUUGGACAUCGAUAUUCUCGUUGAAGAUAAAGAAACUGGAGAUGGUAAGGCAUUGGUCCAUUCUCUUCAAGUGCAGUACAUCCAUCAAGUAAUCCAGUCGAGGCUAGUUGAUAAUCCCCAGCCUCUUACUGAGGUCUACCACUGUCUGCACUUCUUCUGUCAGAGUCUUCAACUUGAGGUGCUGUAUUCACAAACACUUCGUCUGUGUAGAGAUCGUUUGGAUGAUCACAUUCAUGUGGAUGAGUAUACACCAGGGAAAUGUCUCUCUAUCUCAUAUUGGAGAGAAUUAACCUGCAAAGAUCCAAGGUCAGAACUGGGAUAUCGACUGACAGUACAAGUGGAUACUCAUGAGCCAGCACGGCCUCUUACUGUUAUCCAUGUCCCGUCACUUGGCAGUAAGGAAUGUGAAAUUGCUGAUAGAGCAAUAAGAUCUGAUUUGUUAUCCAUGGAGCGUCUUUUGGUGCAUACAAUAUAUGUUCGAACACGGAGUCGUCUCACAGAACUGAAGCAAGAACUACAAACUAUGCUGAAAGAUGUGGAAUGCCAUCUACAAGGUUCUCCUGCCAUCCUGUCAGUUCCAGUGCUUCAACCAUGCCUGAGAGCUGAGCAGCUUCUUAUUACUGUGGAUACACACACUGGGAUGUUACAGUGCCAUGUGCCACAGUAUGAUGCUCCUCUCAUACCAGAAUUGCAAACGGCUCUAAAUGGAGAUCAUUCUCGCCUUCCUACGCUGGUUUCUGAACUUCGGUAUUGGAUAACGCAGCGUCGAUGUGAGAAAACUCUUCAGCAUCUUCCAGCUACACCCCAUGAGAGGUUACCUUUGUUACAUCACCCAGAUCAUCCAAUGUCUAAGAUUGGUCGUCAUCGUAUGUUUGUAAGACUUCAUAAACACCCCAAUGUUAUUUUGAUUGUUGAGUUCAAGGAAAAGGAGUCAACUCAGUGUGAAAUUGACUGCUCAUUUUACUUGGCUGUAGUGAAACACUCUUCAAUAGAGGAUGAUCCCCAUGAUGACAGUAUUGAAACUGAGAUUCCGAAGAUGUACCUCAAAGUUCUGACUCUGAUUGAAUUUGACACAUUUGUCAUAACACAUGGUCCAUUUACCAGCGUUGAUGAUCAGAGUGAGAAGUUUCCUCAAAAACGUAAAGCUGGUGGUAGGCAAGAACCAGGAUCUCGGAGGACAAAGCAUCCUGCAUACUUUAUCCCUGAGUUGGCACAUGUAGUGGCUCUGUGUGAUGAAAGGAUUCCAUUUGUGACACUGGCACAAGAGCUGACCAGACGUGAAAUUGCACAUCAAGGGCUACAGGUUGAAGCAAAUGCCACAGCAUUAGUGUUACGCUUGGUACAGCUUCCACCUCCACCAGGUGUUGAUACUCAGUCAGCUUCCUGGCUUGCCCUACUCAAACGUUUACUGUCUGUAGCCAUCAGAGUCCAAGGAAAAGCCACAAAGAGCUGGAUGGCAGAGUUUGUUUUCUAUGGGAGCCCUCUUGCAAGUUCACAUCCGAAAGAACAAGGUCUGCGCCGGCCUGUGUAUUUCCAGUUUGAUAUGGGAACUGCGGAAACUGUGUCUAAGACAGUGGAUGCUUUGCUUAGUGAUUGGGCACAAAUUGUGCACCUGUACACAGUGGUUGAAGACUUGGCUGAAUAUUUUAGGAUUGAGAAGUACAACUUGUCAAAUAUGGUUACAAUCAAGUCCUACAGCUAUAGUCGUUUAGUUCUUGGCUAUGGUCCUGAACGUGGUGCUACAGUUACUGUGGACUGGAAUAGCUCUGAUAAAGCAUUCAGACUUAUAUUUGGUGCUACAAAUAGUUGUGUGAAUGCCCAUUCACUGUUGAGGGAACAGUUGGAGGCACACCUCAAUCGGCAUCGUAACCUGGCACAAAUUGUCCAUCUUCUUCAUGAGACAUAUGAACCCCUUAUAUCUAUAAGUAAACUUCCAACAAUUCCACAAUUAGGAGUUCACAAUCAGAGACCACAAGUUCCAGUACAGACAUUCACAAUAAUGCCUCAGUCACCCACUUUAUUGAGGGUUGCUUAUCAAGGCAUGUAUUGCCUAGAACUUAGGCUUCGGGGUGGUGGCUUGGUGAGUCUACGUGAUGGAGCGUAUAGUCGUUUUGAUCGCAGCAAUGUUGUGGAUGAGUUCACUCCGACACAAGGCUUGAAGGCUUUCCUUUCCAAGUAUGUGGAUGAGACAGCUGUAUUCAGGCGCCGUUCUCAGUCAGAAGACGAUAAUCCGCCCUCACCAAUAACAAUGGAUUCUGAUGGAGGUGGUCCUAUGUCCUUUCUUGGAGCACAUCAUCGUGGACCUCAGUCACCAGCGCAGCAAAGAGAAGGAGGCCUUCGUUUCCAUCCUCCUCUUACGCCUCCUUCUGGAAGUAAUCCACAUACACCUGCUAGCCCACAUCCAACUAUGUCACAGGCUGGCCAGCACCAGAGUUUCGGCUCAAGUCCAGCUACUUCUUUUAAUCUUGCCUCUCCUCCAUCCUUGCCUCCCAACAUAAAUCCAUCUCCCAGCAUGUUACCUCACCCAUCACCAGGAGGACUUCUGGCGAAUUCGCCUUCAAACCCUCUACAUGUACCAAGUCCAGCAGGAAUCAUGCCAACAUCAUCUCCUGGUCCCUGUCCCAAUGUACCAGUGGGACACUCUCCAGCUGGCUCUUUCAUGGGACAGACAGGGCAUACAGAUGGCAGCCCAUUUCCUUCGUCCCAGAGCAUGGCCUCCCCUGCCACGUCCAAUUGGCCUGGUUCUCCCAGCAUGCCUCGCCCUUCGCCAGCCCGUCCAGGGCAGUCACCUGGGGGUACGGGGCAUUCGGCCCUACACAGCCCACAAGCUGAUCAUAAGCCAGGUAUAAGUCAUCUCUCACGAGUACUUCCACAGCGAUCUUGGGCAGGAGCGGUCCCUACUUUGUUGACCCAUGAGGCUUUAGAUCUGUUGUGCUCUCCUUCACCACACCCGCAGCAUCUUCCUGGUCCAGAACUCUCUCCACUGGAGAGAUUCCUAGGUUGUGUGUAUAUGCGUCGCCAACUUCAGAGGUUCAUCCAGAAUGAAGAUUGUUUGGCUGGUAUCCCAUCUACAGAGCCUGGUGUAGUGAAUUUCAAGGUGGAAUCUCUACAGUGUCGCGUAGGUCUGAAUCCCCAACAUCUGCAGUCACUCCAUAUUAAGGUAUCUCCAUUACCUGACCACAAGGAACAAUGGUCAGCUGAAGAGAUGCAGAUUAUUGAGAAGUUCUUUGACACCCGAGCAGCUGCUCCUCCAUAUAAACCCAAUGCUUUGUCAGGUUUUGGGCGGAUGUUGAACGUGCCAUACAAUGUUCUUAAAGACUUCGUACAAAUCAUGAAACUUGAAUUGAUGCCAGGUCUGGUACAACAGCAACAAAUGAAGUGGGCUGUGCAGUGGAGCUUAAGGACGCCACCAUCUGCAACACCUAUUGUGCCAAUUGGAAUGGCAGCAGUGCUAGUUUGUAGGACCAAGAUUCUGUUUUUUCUCCAAAUUACUCGUAUUGGAGGUCCAUACCCAUCCAGCAUGGAGGCACCAUCACUGGUUCUGCCAUUGGUGUAUGAUGUGAGUACAAACCUUACACAACUGGCAGAGAAGCGAGAUCCUGGACCAGCUUCAGCCACAACUGCAGCCAGCCUUCAGCUUAAGAGAUUUGCAGAGUUUGGGGUCAGCCAUAAUGAAUGUUCACUGUUUCCUGCUGUGAGGGACCUGCUUUGCACCCUCAGUCUUCCAUCAGAAUCUCAAGCACAGGUGGCUUCUUCUCCUGCUCCCCCAACCAUGCAGCCUUCUCCUGCAAUGCAAAUGCAUUCACCAAUGCCAGGAGGAGUGGUAGGAUUGCCACCACAACCUGGUGCAGGUCCACCUCAGCAGCCUGGUGGUCCACCACAGCCUCCAUAUCCUGUUGGCAUUGCAAUGGGUCAGCAUCCAAUGAUGGGUCCUCAGUGACUGAGAUAAUGAAGAAACUGCAAGUGAGGACUCUCUGACUGCACAGACAUUUCAUUUGAUGUAUCCAUUUAUGGACUUGCACAAGCAGAAUGCUAGAAUGAUGCCCAGCAAUUGGAUCAAGCCUAAUCCAAUACCUAUUCCAAUUGCUAUGUUGAUGUUCUCCAUAACCAGUUCUACAAAUGUAUUGUAGCAGCCCUGGAAAAACACCAAGCAGAUUGAAAAGCUUAUUUAUACUGACUUCUCCAUUGAGAUGUGAGUGCAGUCUUGCUGGCAGUCAACCCAGCAAUUCAGGUUGGUAGACUAGGGGAUGAAUAUCUCUAGGACUUAGCGUACUGAAUUUUUUACAGCAGCUGUCAUUACUUGUCUAUAAAUAAGCAGUAAAAUCACACAAUUCAACUUUGCUAAUGUUCCAGAAAACAGGAUACCGAAAUAAAAUAAUACAUCCUUCCCUUUCACUGUGCGUGUGUAUGCAUGUGUACACAAUCAACAGAGUGACUAGAGUAAUUUAUAUUGAACACACAUUUUAUAUAGAUUUCAUAUCAUUUUGGAAGUCUCAAGGAUAUCACUUUCAUAGUAUUCCCUUCUUUUGUAUGUUAUAAUGCAGAUAUUACUUUUGGGAUUAAAUAUUGAAAGUAGUAAUUGGUGUAUGACACUAAUGUUAAAAGUACGAACCAGUUUCAUUUCCCACUUUUCAUUAGCAAAGUAUAUUAAUUACUGUGAAUAUGAGAUGUUGAGUAGAACAUUUGCUGACUGAGUUCAGUUUGUAUAUGUAAGCUGUAGUAAACAAUUUGUAAAAUAAACAACCUUUUGUCAA